AAAGGGGAGGAUGAGUUCGGGGAGAAAGGGGAGGAUGAGUUGGGCGGCGUCGACGCCAUCGUGGUGGCCGUGGGGGUGGACGAGGAGAUCGUCUACGCCAAAUCCACAGCGCUGCAGACCUGGCUGUUUGGCUACGAGCUCACCGACACGCUCACCGACACGGUGAUGCUGUUCUGCGAGGAGCGCGCCCUGUUCCUGGCCAGCCGCAAGAAGGUCGAGUUCCUCAAGCAGGUGGCGCAGGGCAAGGGCGGCGAGGGCGCCUCCAAUGGGCUCCCGGCCGUCACCCUGCUUGUCCGGGAAAAGAACGAGAGCAACAAGGCCAACUUUGAGAAGCUUCUGGAAGCGCUGCGGGGCAGCCGGGGCGGGCGGCGCCUCGGGGUCUUCGCCAAGGACAUUCCCGGAGAGUUCAUGAAGAGCUGGAACGACGCCCUCAGCAAGGAGGGCUUCGAGAAGGUGGACGUGAGCGCGGCGGUGGCGCUGGCCAUGGCGGCCAAGGAGGAGCAGGAGCUGGCGCUGAUGCGCAAGGCGGCCGCCAUCACCUCCGAGCUCUUCACCAAAUUCUUCAAGGAGCGCGUGAUGGAGAUCGUGGACGCCGACGAGAAAGUGCGGCACAGCAAAUUGGCCGAGGCGGUGGAAAAAGCCAUCGAGGAGAAGAAAUUCCUGGCUGGGGCCGACCCCUCGGCCGUGGAGAUGUGCUACCCUCCCAUCAUCCAGAGCGGGGGCAACUACAACCUCAAAUUCAGCGUCGUCAGCGACAAGUCCCACAUGCACUUUGGGGCCAUCACCUGCUCCAUGGGCAUCCGCUACAAGUCCUACUGCUCCAACCUGGUGCGGACGCUCAUGGUGGACCCGUCCCAGGACAUGCAGGACCACUACAGCUUCCUACUGACCCUUCAGGAUGUGCUCCUGAGGGAGCUGAGACACGGCGCCCGCCUCUGCGACGUCUACGCCGCCGUCAUGGACGUGGUCAAGAAGCAGCGCCCGGAGCUCCUGGGCAAAAUCACCAAAAACUUGGGGUUCGCCAUGGGCAUCGAGUUCCGCGAGGGCUCCCUGGUCAUCAACAGCAAGAACCAGCAGCGCCUGCGGAAAGGGAUGGUGUUCAGCGUCAACGUGGGGCUCUCGGAGCUGCCCAACCGCGAGGCCAAGCGCCCCGAGGAGCGGAGCUACGCCCUCUUCCUGGGGGACACCGUCAUGGUGGACGAGGACGGCCCGGCCGUGGUGCUGACGUCGGUCAAGAAGAAGGUGAAGAACGUUGUCUUCCUCAAGAACGAGGACGAGGACGAGGAGGAGCCGGACAAGGACGCGGCCGAGGAUUUGCUGGGGAGGAGCUCCCGGGCCGCCCUCCUGACCGAGAGGACACGGAACGAGCUGACGGCGGAGGAGAAGCGCCGCGCGCACCAGAAGGAAUUGGCCACGCAGCUGAACGAGGACGCGCGGCGGCGCCUGACCGAGCAGAGGGGAGAGCAGCAGACACAGAAGGCCCGUAAAUCCAACGUCUCCUACAAGAGCGCGGCGCUGCUGCCCAAGGAGCCGCACGUGCGCGAGAUGAAAAUCUACAUCGACAAGAAGUACGAGAGCGUCAUCAUGCCCGUGUUCGGCAUCGCCACCCCCUUCCACAUCGCCACCAUCAAGAACAUCAGCAUGUCGGUGGAGGGCGACUACACCUACCUGCGCAUCAACUUCUUCUGCCCGGGCAGCGCCCUGGGCCGCAACGAGGGCAACAUCUUCCCCAACCCCGAGGCCACCUUCGUCAAGGAGAUAACGUACCGCGCGUCCAACCUGAAGCCGCCGGGCGAGCAGACGGUGCCGGCGUCCAACCUGCAGAACGCCUUCCGCAUCAUCAAGGAGGUGCAGAAGCGCUACAAGACCCGCGAGGCCGAGGAGAAGGAGAAGGAGGGCAUCGUCAAGCAGGACUCCCUGGUCAUCAACCUCAACCGCAGCAACCCCAAGCUCAAGGACCUCUACAUCCGGCCCAACAUCGCCCAGAAGCGCAUGCAGGGCGCCCUGGAGGCCCCACGUCAACGGUUCCUCAAGGUUCUUCUGGGGUUCCUCAAGGGGUUUUUGAGGUUCCUCAAGGGUUUUUUGGGGCUCUUUGGUGCCCCCAUCCGGCCCAACAUCGCCCAGAAGCGCAUGCAGGGCGCCCUGGAGGCCCACGUCAACG